AUGUCAUCGCGACAAGAUAAAUUAAUUGAACAAUUCUUAUCUGAUGAAUUAGAUUCAGAUGAAUCUAUAAUGUACGAUUCAGAUGCCGAUCCUGAAUAUAUUCCUGGUGGUAAUAAAUUGCAAAGUUGCCAAGAAACAUCGACAUCUAACACAUUCGUUCCUGUUGGUGGAUCAGAUUCAGAUGAUAAUGACAUUUCUGUGGAGGUAAGUUCAAGUGACGAAGAUUGUGAUUGGUCUGAUUCAGAUUUGUGGGUAGACACUGAAAAAGAUAUACUGGAUUUCAAUUUUGAUUCAACUCUAUCGGGAAUUAAAAUAAACGUACCCGAAUCUGCUCGAGAUUCACCAAUAGAUUUAUUUAAACUUUUAUGGACUGACGACAUUUUUGAUAUAAUUGUGAAUUCUACAAAUAAUUAUGGACACAUAAUUAAAGCAGUAAACCGUCCUCACAGUAAAUAUUCUCGUAAAACAUGUUUCAAUGAAACCAACAAAGAUGAAAUGCAACAUUUUUUCGGAAUCUGUUUACUUUUGGGUUCAGUAAAAUAUUCCGUUUUACGUGAUGCAUUUUCAAAUAACCCCUUAUACAGCCAUCCUUUGUUUAAAAAAACAAUGUCAGGAAGAAGAUUUGAGCAGCUUUUAAAUUGUUUUAGUGUAGAGUAUUCUGGUUUAGAAGUGUGUGAUGAUGGACCGAUGCGAAAAAUUAAUCCCGUGUAUACACUUCUAAUACAAAAUUUUCAAAAAGCUAUUUAUCCAGAUAUAAAUUUGUCAUUAGAUGAAUCAUUACUUUUACAUCGUGGUAGAUUAGGAUUCCGUCAAUACAUUAAGGGGAAAAAAGCAAAGUAUGGAAUCAAAUUUUAUGAGCUCUGUACCCCCGAUGGUUAUGUAUUAAACAUUGACAUGUACAAAGGAAAAAAUGAUUCAAUUUCUCAAGUUCCAAGUCAAACUUCUAAAAUCGACAGCUUAGUAUUAAAGCUUAUGUCUCCGUACUUGGGUAAAGGACACAGUCUUUAUAUGGACAACUAUUACAACAGUGUAACGCUAUCGAACGUAUUAUUAAACAAACAAACUCACGUAACAGGUACGUUAAGAAAUAAUAGAAAAGGAAAUCCGAAGGAAGUAGUAAAUAAAAAACUUAAAAAAGGUGAACAUGUAUGGAAACGGAGAGGAUUGGUUUACGUUUCGAAAUGGAAGGAUAAACGAGAUGUAGUAUGUAUUACCACUAAUUAUAAACCAACCAUUAUUUUAUCAACAAAUAAAUAUGGUCAAGAAAGAUUUAAGCCUAUUGAAAUCGUGAAAUACAAUGAAUUUAUGAGUGGGGUAGAUCGUGCUGAUCAGAUGAUCAGUUACUAUUCUUGCCCUCGUAAGUCAGCAAGGUGGUAUAAAAAAGUCUUAUUUCACUUAUUAGACGUGACAAUAUGGAAUACAUUUUUUAUUUAUAAAAAACAUUUUUCUCUCAAUAAUCUGAGAUUUAAAGACUUCAGAGACUCUCUUAUUAGAAAUUUCAUACAAAUUCCUGUAGAUGCAACUUGUGAUCAAUUAUUUAAAAAAAUAAAACCCAAAAGAUCAGACAUUGUUAUACCGGAUAAUGCACACUUUCAAGAAACAAUUCCACUUCCUGAAGGUUACAAAAGAAAAAAAUACUUCAAAAACUGCGUUGUAUGUUUCAAAAAGAAAGUUCGAAAACAAACUUCAUUUCAAUGCAAGACGUGUAAGGUUGGAUUAUGUGCAGGAAAAUGCUUCGAAGUUUACCAUAUAGACAAAAAUUUGGAAUAA